CGAUCCCAAUCUUCGCCGUAACCGAUCCGUCGAUUUGCGCCAUCUCACCUUAAUCCAUGACCUAACUUGGAAUAUGUCCCACUCAACCCGUUAUCAGGCCAGAGCGCGAGCUACAAACGACCGUGAAGCGCACGAAGCCUCCGAGAUGAGGUCCAAAAUCCUGACCGAAUACGAUGAUGGCAAACCCCAGCCCACGCAUGACCACGAGUCAUUCACCCACCAGAACAACAACCCAAAACAUCAGCUACCGGCGGACUUUUUAUCCGCGGCAGAAAAUAGCAAGAAAGAGGAGCUCGCUGCAGUCGUGACCGAAAACAAAGCUCUGCAUGCGGAGAACGGACGGCUGAGAGCCGAGCGCAACGGAUUCCGCGAAGACCGCAACAUCCUGUGGAACCAAAAUAAAGCGCUAAAUCAUGACGUUAACGAGUUGAAAAGAGAGUUGGAGCGGAAGUCAACGGAGUGCAACUUUCUGGAACAGAAUGUUCGCGGCCUGAUGGAGAAGCUCAACACCGUUAACACCGCCCAAAACCAGGGCUGGAGUCUCAACAUGUUCUCGGGGACGAGAAACAGCGACAGGGCCGCUGAGCAACUCAUCACUGAGCUGAAGACGAAGCUUGCUAACGACGAGUGGAAAAUUGGGGGGCUGCAAGCCGAGAACCACAAGCUCCAAAGCGAGGUAGCUGAGCAUCAGAAACAGCUGCAGCUCCAGACGAGCCAGUUUUCCGGGGAAUUAGAGGCCAUCAAGAGCAACAUCUUCGUCAAUGUGCCAAGUCUUUCGGAUACGGCGAUCCAAGGGAAAUGGGGAGCGCUUUGCUUCUCAGUUAGGCAAUUCGUCUCAGUGCAUCUACCAGAGUCACUGGAUCUUCCAACCAUCCAAGGCCUUGCGGAUGUGGAACAUUUCGAUUGGCUCCCUGAUACGCUAUUACGGACACCUCUACUCUGCCCUAUUCUUCUGGAGUCCUGGGUGUGGCACUUUCUGUGUAUCCGGAUCUUUGAUUCGCGCUCCAAACAUUGGGCCGGAGAGGAAGGCAAGAUUUUGGGCAUUCUUUGCGACAGAUUCCGGAGCAACCUCUCCAACACCAGACACUCACCGACAUCCGCCGACACUGUCACCAAGUUCCACGAAUGGCGAGUGCGAUCAACACACUUCAUGUCGACAAUUGCAAAGCCUAGCCUGGAUAAUGUGGUCGAGGUUGAGACUGGGGCCCUUUUGGAAGCGUUGGGACCGCUCACUUCGUGCAUCAAAACCCAGACAGAUACCAACUCUGGCAUCUAUCGCGAUGCCCACGAGAUAUUGCACCAGGUGAUCGAGCUGGCCGAGUUCUUCCGCCUGGCAAGAGCCGAUUUCCAAGUCUUUAUCACCCGCGUCAAACUACCGUUGAUCAACCCUCCAAGUUUCGGGUUUCGGUUCGACCCCGAGACAAUGGAACAAGCGAAAACCAUUCUCGUCCCCCGCCAUAACACCGUUGCCCCCAUCGUUGACCUCGCUGUCUCUCCGGGACUAUUCAAAGCGGGGAGCUCUGAUGGCUCCCACUACCACCGUGAGCGGGUUUUGGUCAAACUGCAGGCUCUUUGUGACGUUCAGUCAAUGUUGAGGCUUCUUAAGGAUGGGAGGGGAAACGGGGAGGAAAGCGGCCGUCACUACCUAGGUAGGUAGCCAAAGACCAGAAACCAACACGGGUUUGCUGAUUAAGGGAGAUACUUG